UUCUGCAAGAGGGGGGGGGGGGAGGAACAGCAGAGAGGAGCUGUGAACAGAUAGAGAAAGAUAUUCAACGCGGCGCCUGUCCUCCAUCUCAGUGUGAAGGGCACGUAAUGGAAGAGUGAGAGGGAGGAUACAAGGAAAGAGAAAUAGAGAGAAUGAAGACAGCCGGAAAACAAGUGUUUCCUUGCACCAAGCAUCACUCAAACUAGGACAUCUCACCACAGGACAAGAUGAUCACCAGGAAUCUGCUCCUAUUGGUCUCACUGUGUCUGUGGGAGGAGCUUAUGGGAGAAGGUUCAGCCUCUAAGAUUGUCAGGAGAAGAGGGGCGGGCGGGACUCACCUGCUGAAGCUAGGGGAGAACAGAAUAGCGGAGCAAUGGGAUUCAAGCGUGAAUUCAAACGUGAUGCCCAUGGUGACUCUUAGAAACUCAAUUGGUCAUGACCUGGGUGGUGAUAGUGGCUCUAUCUCUCACCCCAAAAUACCCCAGAAUCAUGCAGCCAUACCAUCUAAUAAGGAGAGGCAGGCUUUUAAACCUAAUCCAGUUCUGGACAUGGAAGAAAACCCUAUCAAAAAAGGAGAAUCAACUCUGUCACCCAAUAACAGGGAAUCGGUCCAGGAGAAAGAACUUAAAAAGAUCAAGAACAGUACAAAUAAUGCUGGGACUCCCACCAAAACAGGGAGGAUGGAGAAAGUAUUCCUAGUUCACCAUAGACCAGACCUACACUCCAAUAGAACCAGAUUCAAAUCCAUUUCCCGAUCCAGAGUGAGACCAGAUCUGAGCAUUCACACCACAGGGCUGCAAGGCAAAGGACUCACUAUGGAUUCAACCAGAAAAUUAAAUGUGACCGGCAGCUACAGUGUCCUAAAACUGCUGUCAAAAGAGAACCUGGUGAUGAUUGUGAACUCACAGAUGCAGAGUGUUCAGAGUCUGAAUGAUCUUCAGAGCAAGAGCAGUCGAAGCAGAACGAGAGAUUUGAUUGAUGUGGAUCACAGCCCGAUGGAGGCCCUAAAAUUACAGAAGCAAGAUUUGGCUGUUACUCAAAACCACUUCGCAUUGGAUAAUACAACUGCACUGCCGCAUAUAAACCCUGUCACAAAUCCUGAUCCAAGUCUAGAAAAGGCUGUUCACACUUUAAGUGAAGUCACUCUAGAUUCUGGUGUGGGAAAAGACAACUCUGAGAUGAGGGCUGCAGAUAGUACAGUCACUUGGAAGAGCAAACACACCUCUCACCCUCUGUCAACACCUAUGAAUGAGGUCAGUCUCGACACUGACAGGGAGGUGACCAUCACUAAGACCAGUAAGACUGACCCUCCGGCCAUGACCAAGCAUCUACCCUCAAGCAUCUCUUCUCAGACAAAUGCUGGCCCUCCCUCAGUGUUCACCUCACAGCCCCAGGGAGAGGGGACUGGGAGUGUGGCAGGGGAUUCCCAUAAGGAGAGUUUUCUUCACACAGCCGCACCAGGACUCAAAAUCCUCAGCCCGAUUGCCACUCAAGACCCUGAAGGUGGCGCCACAGAGCCAAUCGAUAGCAGCCAUGUCCUCAAACUCCACCCAGACACACACUGGGGCUUCAACCAGGACAAGGCAGCCGGUGGGGGGAUGACAGUUGAGUCCCAUCCCGGGAAUGGGCGGGGCCUGGUGUUCCAAGAGGCGGAUGAGGAAGAGGGCCGUGGUCAAAUGGAUGGGGAGGGGGCUCGGUCACGCAGCAGGAGGAGUUGGAUCUGGAACCAGUUCUUUGUGAUUGAAGAGUACAGCGGGCCUGAACCGGUGCUCAUCGGACGGCUGCACACUGACAUGGACCGAGGUGAUGGACGCACCAAGUACGUGCUGAGGGGCGAGGGGGCGGGGGCGGUGUUUGUGAUUGACGAGAAGACGGGCAACAUCCAUGUCACCAAGCCCCUGGACCGCGAGGAAAAGGACGAGUACCGCCUCAUCGCCACAGCAACCGACCGGCAGACCGACCGGGCCCUGGAGCCCUCGUCCACAUUCAUCAUCAGAGUGCAGGACAUCAACGACAACCCACCUCUGUUUGAGGAAGGGCCCUACAGCGCCUUGGUGCCUGAGAUGGCCAACAUAGGUACUUCUAUAAUCCAGGUGACAGCAACAGAUGCUGACGACCCAACCUAUGGGAACAGUGCCAGACUGGUGUACACACUGGUGCAGGGACAGCAGUUCUUCUCUGUGGACCCACAGACAGGUAUACUGCGCACAGCGGUGCCUGAUAUGGACAGGGAAACCCAGGACCGGUACCUGGUUGUUCUGCAGGCCAAGGACAUGGGGGGCCAUCUGGGAGGUCUCUCAGGGACCACCACUGUCACCGUGAGGCUGAGUGAUGUCAACGACAACCCCCCUCGCUUCACACAGAGUAUGUGGUCCUUCUCUGUGUCCGAGCUGGCUGUUCCGGGGGCGGAGGUGGGCCGUAUCUCGGCAACAGAUGCUGACCUGGGCGACAAUGCCAAGCUGGAAUAUACCAUCCUGGAGGGAGAGACGGGGAACACCUUCAACAUCAGCGGAGCGAACCAAGAGGCUGUGAUCACACUGAACAAGGCUGUGGACUAUGAGAGUCGUAGCUCCUACUCUUUCUCCGUGGAGGUGUUGAACCCCAUGGUGGACCCUCGUUUCCUCCGCCGCGGGCCCUUUAAGGACCGCGCCUCCAUCCGGGUGGCCGUGCUGGACGCAGACGAGCCGCCCCGCUUCUCCCGGGCUCGCUACCGUAUGGAUGUGUCGGAGAACUGCCCUCCCGCCUGCACCGUGGGACGGGUUAGUGCUGUGGACCCUGAUACUGGACUCACCAAUAACAUCAGGUUCUCUAUUGAUCCCCAGUCAGAUCCAGAGGCUCUGUUCCGUAUCACCCCGGACAGCGGCCUCAUCACCACGGCCAUGGAGCUGGACCGUGAGCGCGAACAAUGGCACAACAUCACCGUCAUCGCCACACAGAGAGACAACCCCAGCCAGGUGUCCAGAGUGGUGGUGACCAUAGAAACGCUGGACCUGAAUGACAAUGCUCCCGAGCUGGACAGAAAAUACACAACAGCAAUGUGUGACUCCUCAGCCACCGGACAGGUGGUGCAGGUGUUGCGUGCGAUUGAUAGAGAUGAGGGAGGGAAUGACAGCGCUGUCUAUUUCAGCAUCCCUCCAGAGUCCAGCGUCGCCCUCAACUUCAGCAUCAGGGACAGUGGAGGCCCCACCGCCACCCUGUUGCUCUUGUCGCCCCUGCAGCCCCUCUCCCGCUCGUCCUCCUCCUCCCUCACGCUGCACGUCCCCCUGGUACUAAGGGACGGGACAUCUGGCCUGACCUCCACUGGGACGGUCACCGUGUCCGUUUGCCCCUGCCUGAGAGGAGGGGCCCGGGCUGGGGAGAAGGAGAGGCAGGAGAGGCAGACUGAGGGAGACUGGGAGUGGGAGAGAGAGACGGUGUGUGUCCCCCAGCAGUCCACCUCUCCUUCCCCUGGGCUUAGCACCGCCGCCCUGCUGGCCAUCCUGGCCUGUGUUGCCACUCUGCUGGCGGUCAGUGCCUUGUCCCUGUCCCUCCGCCGUCAGAAGCGGGACUCUCUGUCCCCCCUGGAGGAGGACGAUGUGCGGGAGAACAUCAUCACCUACGACGACGAGGGUGGGGGUGAGGCCGACACGGCCGCCUUCGACAUUGCAGCGCUCCAGAGCGCCCCCCACAGCUCACGCAGGGUAUACCGCACCCUGGACAGCAGGAACAUACGCUACUCCCAGCACGUCCAGGACAAAGCCCAGUCUUACAGCUGGGCCCAGAACCCAACCCUGGACCCGGCCUACUCCGGCCCUGGAGGGCCCAUGUAUGGCCGCGUCUGCUACAGCAGCCAUACCUUACCUGUUCUCCGACGUACUCCAGGGAGCCAGUUUGAGCUGGGCCUGGCUGAGCUGGCCUACCGCUUCCCUGGGGGCCAGCCGGACCACUCGUUGGUCAUCCAGAAUCAGGGGGCCAUGGUGGGGGCCCUGGAGCCAGGGGCCGUGUACAAAGGGCCAGCUGAAAUGAGCAGCAGAGAGAGCAGAAACGGAACGGGCCCGCAGAGCGGGGUUAGCACCUCAGAUGGAGGGACACCGCGGACCAAUGACAGCCAGGAGAGAGGCGGAGGGGGAGCUAUGAGCAACUGUACAGAGAACAGCAGCGAGCAGCAGAGCCAAAGCCAGGACUCAGUGGACUUGGUCCAGUCUGAGACCCUCCCCCGGGAGAGGGAGCACAGCCUGGUCCUGACCCGCUCUGGCUCCGUGGUUGGUCAGGGAGGUGCCUGGGUGUGUGACUCGGCCACCCUGCCCAUGGCGGGCCGCAGAGCCUCCCGCGCAGGCCUCUCCCCCAAAUGCUCCGGCUUAGCUGAAGGAGGUUCCUCUGGUGGUGGAGGCCCUGGGGCGAACGGCACAGACAGCAAGUCUCACCAGUCAGCCGCCCGCAACUACACCAGUGUCCUGCAGGGGGAGGCAGCGGGACAGAGGCAGGACUACCCUGGGAGCAUGGGGAGGGGAGGGCUGGAGAUUGGCAGCAACUUUGUGGUGGCCAGGCCGGACAGGGAGAGCGGAGGGAUAUCUCUGACUGGCACUUCUUGCGGGGGGAUGUACCCAGAGGGGUUCAUGGCUGACUGGCGGGACAGGGUGGGUAUUGGGGCAUACAUUUUAGGAAGAAGGGAUAUGACCCCCCAGAUGCUGCCCUUCCCAGGGCAGCCCAGGGGUGCAUAUGGGGGCAUCAUGGGGUACGGGGCAGGGUGGGUCCCAGGGAUAGAGGCAGGGAGAGGGGGUCCAGUACCAGGUGGUCACUCCUUGGCCCUCAGGGUGGGUGAGUUCCUCCGCCUUCGUCUGGCUCAGGUCACCUUUGACCCCUCGCAGCCUCCCUAUGAUUCAGUGCAGGUGUACGGGCUGGAGGGCACAGGGUCACGUGCAGGCUCCCUCAGUUCGCUGGAGAGUGAGGGAGAGAAGGAUGCAGAGAAGGAGGAGUGGGGAGGAGGACUGGAGGAGUGGGGUCCACAAUUUCGGGAGCUAGCCAAGCUGUUCCGAGAUAGGGAGAAAGAAAAACAAGAGGAGACAGAGAAGGAUGGGGAGGGAGGAGUAGAGAACAACAAAAAAGAGGCUGAAAAAGAGGAGGGGCAGAAAGAGGAGCUGUCUGGAGAUGAGGGGAAAGACAGAGGGAGAAGAGAACAAAUGAGAGAGAAUGAGGGAAGGGUGGAAGAAUGAUUAAAAGGCUAGCAGAGUUAGAAUAAUGGGAAGAGAAGUUAACGGAGAGAGAGAUGAAGAGGGAGAAUAAUAAAAAGAGACAGUUAAAAAUGAGCCCAGGGAAGCAAGGGCAGGGGAGGGAGUGAUUGAUGUAAUUUAAAGCAAUAAGUGGUGAAAGGCUGAUACGUGUGAGCACAGAUACUGAGACAAUGUGCAUGAUGCUUCUCCACUAAGCAGCAACAAUUUAUUAAGUGGUCUGGACAAAGAGAAACAACUUAAACAUCCGAGACAGGAUUUUCAUUCAGCUCUACAUCUAUAGAAAUAGAAAGAGAGAGGAAGUAAGCGAAUGUGUUUCUUUGUUUGCAUGUGUGUGGGAUGAGGGUGUGUAUGUGAGAGAGAGAAAUUGGAAACAAAUUAUUAUGGGGGGGGGGGG